GGUCCGGUCAAGGCUACAUUGUCUGUCUUCAAAUUCGCCAUGGCGUCUAAGUUCCCAACAAAGGAGGAUAAGGACAAGCAGCUUCGUACAAGAAAAGGCCAUGACAUGACAUGGUCAUGUGACAAGCAUGGUGAGCCAAUCACAUUUUUCUGUAAACAACACAAAAUUCCUAUCUGUCAUAAAUGUGCGACCAAAGUUCACCAGAAACCAUGUGAGCUAGACGACAUCGAGGAUGUCAUCAUAGAAAGGCGGGGACAUCUUGAGGAGAAACAGCCCUUGAUAGAGGAAACGAAAUUACUACUUCAGAAGGUCCAAUCUAAAAUAAAUGCCGUUUCUUCUUCUUCCAGUAUGCAUCUUGAGACGGUCAACAAUAAACUACAAGAGACUUUCAAAGACAAGUUAAAGAAUGUGAAAGAAAAGGAAGUAAACUUGAUUAGGGUGAUUAACGAGGAGGCGGAUGAAGAAAUACGGAAAAUAAAUGAGAAGAGAGAAAAACGCAUCAAGGAUUGCAACAUCGAUAUCGAAAAGGAACAAACUACCAUCAAAGAGAGAGAGACAAGACUUUUAUCAGAUACUAAGACAAUCAGUGACGAAAUUACUAAGAAGAUUAACGAACUGACUAAUAAGAAUCAGCAUGCGCUUAACACAAUGAAGAAUAUUGAAUCAACCAUCACACGUAUAAACCAACAUGAUGAAACAUUGGUGAAUGAAGCUCCUCAAGUACUUGCAUCUAUUGAGGAAAAUUUAAGUUUGAACUUUCAUCAAGAUGUAAGCGGCUGUCUUGACCGAAUACAGAGUGAGGUUGAGAGAGUGAAGUUUGUAGAGGGGGAAGUAGGUGGAGAAUACUGCUGUAGAAUUGAUGGGUAUAUCGGUAAAUGGGAACUUGUCAAGUCAAUCCACAUUCCAUCUGGUGUAAAUAAGCCGUGGGUGCGUGGUUUGAUCAGUGAUGAUGAGAUAUGUGUGGAAGACGCAAAGAACCAUGACAUGUAUGUUACAAACAUUAACACUCAACACACACAGAAAGUCAUUGAUGGAGUUAGUAGCAUGUACUUUACGUCAUGUGCCCCCAUAAACAGUAAUGUAAUAGUAUGUGGAAAGUGGAGAUGUGAUUGGAUGGGUGACGGGUUGGAUGGAUUUAUCACUCUCUAUGACAGACAAUGGAAGAUGAUUAGAGACAUCAGCAUACCACUGAAUGGAGGCGGUCCUCGUUUGUACGUUGAUGUCGACAGGGAUGGGAUGAUCCUCGCUGCUCAGUACGGUCAGUCUACCAUAUACGUCAUAAACCCUGAUGAUGGAAAGAUUGUACACACUGUUACGAUGCAGGGUGAGGAGGUGUGUGGUAAUAUACAAGCCUUGUCAUCAGGUGAUAUCGUUGUGAAUACAGAUUACAAUAAAUACACUGCCAUCUCACGAUCAGGAGAAGAGAAGGCUGUCAUACACUGUGAUGAGUGGGGGGAAUCAAAAUGUCGAGUUGACAAACUGACAGACACACUCUUCAUCACUUACCGAGUCGCGGGUAAAACCUACGCAGUUGAUCAGGUGUCACGUGAUGGUAUCAUCCAGGCAAGGGGGAUCGUGGAAUACUUGGAAUCAGAUCGCCCUUUCUACUUUAGCCCUUGUCUUGUUACUCCUUGUGGUAACCAUGUAGUCUGUGAUGGAGAUAAGCUUCUUCUUUACAAGAAGACAUUUAUCUUGUAAAUCAUCAAGACACUCAACGAUCGAGUGAUGUUUGAUGUGUAUAGGAAAUUAUAGGCCUGUCAUUGACCACCAGCAGGGAAAAUAAUAAUGUCAAAUUGUUAUUUCAUCCGAUGAAAAGGCUUAUAUUUCAUUCAACCCCAUCAACACCACCUUAUAUGACUAUUUUGAGUUAAAAUGUAAUGUUAAUGCCAGAAAAUUACAGACAUUAAGAGUUAUACUGAUUUUCUUUUUGUAUAUUGUAAUAUGUAAGGGGGCCUGUUAC